CACAUCAAUUCAAGCUCUUGAUCUUAACGGCCUUUUUGUCUACCCAACCAAAUAUUCCAGAUUCUUGACCAAGACAAGACAAACUACUCUGCCACCCCUGACCUACUGUUCAAACGCUAUAUAUUAUAGAUUUCCUCUCUUUGCAUCGCCAACCCAUCCCCAUUUCUCAAAUCAGUGCUGACAAAGCUUGUUUCAGCUAUGGCCGACGGGACCAAAGCCAUCUUCUCUGCCCUGGAUAGUGCUAGGACUCAACUCUACCAUUUCAAGGCAAUCGUUAUUGCUGGUAUGGGAUUCUUCACUGAUGCUUAUGAUCUCUUUUGCAUCCCUGCUGUUGCCAAGCUCAUAGGGCGCAUAUACUACUAUAAGCCUGACUCACCUAAGCCUGGUAAACUACCGGACAACAUUAACAAUGCUAUAACUGGAGUUGCUUUAUGUGGUACUCUAUUUGGACAGCUCUUCUUUGGGUGGCUUGGAGAUAAGCUCGGUAGGAAGAAAGUUUAUGGGAUAACUCUGGUGACAAUGGUGGGGUGUGCCUUGGCUUCUGGCCUUUCCUUUGGCUCCACAGCUGAAGGUGUGGUCACUACUCUCUGUUUCUUCCGCUUUUGGCUUGGUUUUGGCAUUGGAGGGGACUAUCCACUCUCUGCUGUAAUCAUGUCUGAAUAUGCCAACCAGAAAACCCGAGGAGCCUUCAUCGCCGCUGUCUUCGCGAUGCAGGGAAUGGGAAUACUGUUUGCCGGAGCUGUAUCCACUAUCAUAUCCAAGGUAUUCCUGGAAGCUUUCAAAGCUCCUCCAUUUAGCGAAAACCACUUCCUAUCCACUCAGCCUGAAGCAGACUUUGCCUGGCGGAUUGUACUUAUGAUUGGUGCAAUCCCUGCAGCUUUAACCUUUUACUGGAGGAUGAAAAUGCCUGAAACUGCUAGGUACACUGCCUUGGUUGAGGGAAAUCACAAGAAGGCUGCUGCAGAUAUGGCAAGGGUGCUUGAAAGAGAGAUUUAUGUUGAAGAAACAGGCUCGAAGCCUCCUGCUAAUCCCAGCUCGUCGUACGGAUUAUUCUCUUCUGAGUUCCUUAGAAGGCAUGGUAUUCACCUUCUAGGCACAACUAGCACCUGGUUCUUAUUAGAUAUUGCCUUCUAUAGUUUGCAGUUAACCCAGAAAGACAUCUACCCUGCAACUGGACUGUUAGACAAGGCCUCGACAAUGAAUGCAUUAGAAGAGAUGUACCAUCUCUCUAAAGCAACAACCAUAAUCGCACUCCUUGCAACUGUUCCUGGAUACUGGUUCACUGUCUUCCUGAUUGAUAAGAUCGGAAGAUACAUAAUCCAACUUGGCGGCUUCCUCCUCAUGUCGAUUUGCAUGGCAAUUCUGGGAAUUCAGUAUGGGAAUCUUCGGGGAGAGAAAGCGAAGUGCGGGCCAACUUCCAAAAAGGAAUUCUGCGAUGGUAACCCUAUAUUAUUUGCGGUUCUCUUUGGGCUCACCCUCUUCUUCGCCAACUUUGGACCCAACAGCACAACAUUCAUAGUCCCAGCAGAGCUCUUCCCUGCAAGAUUUCGCUCAACCUGCCAUGGUCUCUCAGCAGCAGCAGGAAAAGCUGGAGCUAUAAUAGGUGCAUUUGUUGUACAGAGUUACACGCUAGAUGGAAAAUCGAAGGAUAUAAAGAAGGCAAUCAUUGGACUUGCUGUGGUAAAUUUGAUUGGGUUUUUCUUCUCUUUCUUGGUGCCAGAAACGAAAGGCAGGUCGCUUGAGGAAAUCUCUGGAGAGGACAAGGAACUCGAUGGCCGUGGAAAUGAGAAUGGUAGAAACUACAAUCCUAGUACUGAGUACUGAGAUGAUUUAAUUCUUAGGUGCACUGAGUGCUUUUCUCCACUAUCUAUAGGUAUGCAUAAAUAACUAAUAAGAAGAAACCUGUUUCAUCUUCUUCCUGUUCACAAAUACAAAUGAAGGUUGGGAUAAGAUGUAGUGAUCUGCAUUAUUGUAACUAAGGAGUGUAAGCACCCAUUCAUAGAUAUUUUUCUUACUGAAAA